AGUCCCCAGUGUCAGGUGGACGUCGGACGUUGGGUUCCGCGUGUGGUUCGUCUGCCGUAUGCGCUCCUUUUGAAGGGGAGGAGCAGGAGUAGAAGGACAGGGGAAGAAGCCCCAGGCCCUGCUAAGACGCCCGGUGCGAGCAGUAGGAGGAGGAGGAGAAGGGUGAUUUUCGUGUCGAUGUGGAUGUUGGUCUAGGCAUUUGCGGAGUUUUGUGCGCCGCCGUGCUUUCAGUACAGUGGCAGAUCGUUCGUAAAAGCAAUGCGUGGAGAUCUUGGAGGAGCUUGGGAAUACUUGCCUUGAUUGGCUGUUAUUGUUGGUUUAUCUACUAUGUCUGAAGAUGAAAAACUACUCAAGGAAUGUAAGAAGCUGUCAUGGGAGGACAGGUUGGCACACAAGAAUUGGAAGGUUAGAGUUGAUGCCAAUACCGAUAUCGCUGCGCUUUGUGACUCGAUCAGCGAUCCGAAGGAUCCUAAGCUGAAAGACUUCGGUCCGCUGUUUAGGAAGGCUGUGGCUGACGCAAAUGCGCCGGCGCAAGAGAAGGCGCUUGACGCCUUGAUUGCGUACCUGAGAGUAGUCGAUGCAGAUUCCGGCCGGUACGCGAAGGAAAUAUGCGACUCGGUUGUAGUGAAAUGCCUUACUGGCCGUGUGAAGACCAUUGAGAAGGCACAGAUGGUGCUUCUUCUUUGGGUGGAGCUCGAGGCGACGGAAGUGUUCCUGGACGUGAUGGAGAAAGCGAUAAAAAACAAGGUAGCCAAGGCUGUUGUGCCUGCUAUCGAUGUAAUGUAUCAAGCCGUCAGUCAAUUCGGGACCAAGGUCGUUCCUCCCAAGAGAAUUUUGAAAAUGCUCCCCGAGCUUUUUGAUCAUCAGGACCAAAAUGUGAGGGCAUCUGCCAAGGGAUUAACCAUCGAGCUGUGCCGCUGGAUUAGCAAGGAUACUGUCAAAUCCAUUCUAUUCGAGAAGAUGCGAGACACCAUGAAGAAGGAGCUUGAACUGGAAGUGGAUAGUGUCACGGGACUUUCUAAGCCCGUGCGGAGGAUCAGAUCAGAGCAAUUGAAGGAGUGUGAAGCGGACGUCCCAGUAGACACACCCGAUGCUGCGUCGGCGGAUGAACCAGCCGUCCAUCAGGAAACCGAUGAUUAUGACCUGAUGGACCCGGUGGAGAUUCUGGGACCCCUCCAGAAGACGACCUUUUGGGAAGGGUACAAAGCAACGAAGUGGUCCGAAAGGAGGGAUGCUGUUGCGGAACUCACCAAAUUAGCAUCUGCUAGACGACUGGCCGUGGGGGACUACGUAGAAGUGUCUCGAAUCCUGAAGAAACUCAUCACGGAUGUGAACCUGGCCGUAGCAGUGGAAGCUGUGCAAGCAGCGGGCAACCUAGCUAGGGGUCUACGUAAAGAUUACAGUGGAGGUUCCAGGCUUCUACUCCCUCUUCUACUAGAAAGAUUGAAGGAGAAGAAGGCAGUCAUGGUGGAAGCAGUGAUGGAAACUCUGCGAACCAUGCACAAGAGUGGCUGUUUUGCUCUUGGGGAUGUCAUCGAAGAGGUGAAAGUUGCAACCAAAAACAAGGUGCCUUCAGUUAGAUCAUCGUGUCUAAACUGGGUUGGUUUCUGCAUUGAGAGUAACAACAAAGCUUACAUUAUGAAGGUGUAUAAGGAAUAUGUUCCAAUCCUUUUGGAGAGUCUCAAUGAUGGUACCCCGGAAGUCAGAGAUGCAGCAUUCAGUGGCAUUGCUGCUCUAGCGAAGCUAGUAGGCAUGAAGCCCCUAGAAAAGUCAUUGGAGAAGUUGGACGAUGUUAGGAGAAAGAAGCUUGCCGAAUUAAUGGGUCCUGAUCCUAGUAGCGCACCACUUGUGGUUGCCCCAAGAGGUGGGGCUGGCGGAGGUUCAGCAGGUGACUCGAUGCCUAGCGGUGGAAUUAAAUCUGCAGCGAGCCUCUUGGGGCAAGCCCGCAAGAAACCACCUCCACCUGGGAAGAAAGCCGCGACAACCAAAGGACCAGCAACCACAACCAAGAAGGCAGACGGAGGAAGCUCCGGAUCGGCGAAGGCCGCAGCCCGGGUCGAGAAACCAGAAGAUUUGGAAGGUGGAGACGUAUCUCCAGAGGACUUAGAAGCCCGGAUUGAGGGACAUUUCGGAGGUGAUAUCGUAGCAAACCUCAAAAGCGCAGUCUGGAAGGAAAGGCUGGAGGGUAUUGGUAACUUGCAGAGGAAGCUGGAAGAGGCGACUGAUCUGGACCCUUUGACCGAGACCCUCGUGCGGUUUCUCUCGAUUUUGCCCGGAUGGGCUGAGAAGAAUGUCCAGGUCCAGCAAAAGAGCAUGGAAAUCAUCAGCUUCACAGCAGAGAAGUCUAACCACUUCUCAAAGAGAUGUGUCGUGCUUUGUCUUUCUGGAGUCGUAGAAAAGUCCUCAGAUAUCAAACUUCGCAUUCAAGCGACGAAGUGUCUUACUUCUUUCUGUGAAGUUGUGGAGCCUUCAUUCGUUAUCAACAGGCUGCUAACACUGUGGAAAGAUCAUAAGAAUCCAAAGGUUGUGAGCGAGGGCCUUACUUGGAUGCUGACAGCCCUGGAAGACUUUGGGGUUGGACUUAUUCCAGUGAAGGAGGUGAUAACUUUCUGCAAGGAUGUGGCCCUCCAGUCGAGUACGGCUGCCACGAGGAACGCUGCGGUGAAGUUGUUGGGUUUGCUUCACAAAUUCUGUGGACCGGAUAUCAAAAAUUACUUCUCCGAUCUGAAGCCAGCUCUUCAGACGUUGGUGAAUGCAGAAUGUGACAAGAAUCCCUAUGUCGGUGAAGCUGUUGCUCCCAAAAGGUCAACUCGGGCAGCCGCGAGUGGAGCUGGCGGGGGUGGAGCUGAGGGUCUUCCUAGGGAAGACAUUAGUGGAAAGGUUACAGCAGCUAUUUUGAAAAACUUUACAAGUGCAGACUGGAAGGUGCGGCAAGAAGCGAUCGAGUCUGUCAACACUAUACUUCAAGAGGCUAACAUGCGGAUUCAAGCGGCGGGGACAGGUGAACUAAUAGGAGCCUUGAAGGGUCGCUUGAGUGACUCGAAUAAGAAUCUUGUAAUUAUGACCCUGGCAACGCUGGGGAAGGUUGCUCAGGCGAUGGGACCCGGCUUUGAAAAAAGUUUCAAGGUUAUCCACGCGGAUGUUUUGAAAUGUCUCGGUGAUAACAAAAAGAUGAUGAGAGAGGCUGCAGUGAAGACCCUGGACGCUUGGUUGUUGGUGCUGCAAAUGAGCAAAAUGCUUUCGUCUCUGACUCCAGCUCUUCUUGAUACGAAACUCUGUGCCGAUGGGCGGAAGGACAUGUUCGACUGGUUCGCCAGACAUGUGGCAGGAGCAGAUGAUAUGAAAGAAGUGAUCACGCUGAUCAAACCUAUUGUUGCUGGUGUACAGGACAAGAGUGCAGAAGUCAGGAAGGCUGCGGAAGGCCUCCUCAUAGAGGUUGUGAAAGCUUGUGGGCAUGAAACAGUGGAUCGGGCUUCCAGAAGUUUGCAUGGUCCUGCGUUGACUUUAUUCCAGUCCCUGUUGGAGAAGCAUGGCUUGAAGUCUGGAGGCGGUGCCCCUGCGGAGGCUAUCGUGGAUGAAGCUCCAAAUCGGAAUGCAAGGGCAGGUGCCGCCCAAAAGCCUGGUGCCCCGACUGUUGGCAAGCGAGUCCCAAUGGGUAGAGGUGCCGGUGGGAAGGAGUCCAAAACAGACGCGGCGGAUGCCGCACAGCAAACCCAGGCACUUUUCAAUCUGAAAGACUGCAACAAGGAGGAGAGAGAGAAGUUGCAUUCUCGCAGACCCAAGUUUGAUUCUGAGCAAAGAGGGGAGCAGAUCCAGGAUGUGGAGGGAGAUGUAGUUAAGUACUUCCGAGAAGAUGUACAUCGAAGGCUUUUGAGUCCUGAUUUCAAGAAGCAGGUGGAAGGGGUCGACAUACUGCAAAAAUCGAUUCCGACUCAAGUCAGGGAGAUGAUGGAGGUUCUCGAUGUGUUACUUCGGUGGAUUGUGGUUCGUGUUUAUGAAGGAAAUACCACAUGUCUGCUGAAGGUUUUGGACUUUCUCCAGGAGUUGGUGUUGGCAUUCAAGGCGGAGGGUUACUCAAUGACAGACUGUGAAGCCAAUUACAUCUUCCCUUGUCUGGUUGAGAAGUCUGGUCACAAUAUGGAGAAAGUACGGGAUAAGUUCAGGGAGUUGGUGCGGCUCCUCUGCUGUCUGUACCCGUCAUCGAAAAUAUUUACAUUCCUCCUCGAUGGCCUGCGGUCAAAGAAUAACCGGACGAAGAUCGAGUGUGUGGAACAGCUCGGAUUUCUGAUCGAACGGUAUGGAGUGGAAGUCGGAGGAUCUGGAAAGGGCUUGCAGUCGGUCGUUGCCUUGACAACUGAGCGAGAUGGUGAUCUACGAAAAGCAAGCCUGAAUACUUUGGCAGUUGCGUAUGCAAUUCUAGGUGAGGAUGUCUGGAGGUAUAUUGGGAGAUUAUCCGAAGUACAAAGAAGUUUACUAGACGAGAAAUUCAAGUGGAAGGCGAGAGAGAUGGAGAAGAAAAAGGAGGGAAAGCCGGGUGAGGCUCGAGGUGCUAUGAGACGAUCGCCCCGGGAGAAUGGAGUCGAUGAUGCAGAGCAGAUGGUUGAGUCUAACCAUCAAGCUCUAUCAAGCAUGGGUUCAAACAACUCCAACUCGUUGGAGUCGAAUUUCAGGGGUACAGCUCACAUGCAGCCUGUUGGGCCACUUGACUGGAAGGAUGCAAUUUUUGUAAUAGAAAAUAGCACUGUCUCAGAACAGGUUGUCGAGGGUAUGAAACUCAUAUGUUAUGAGUUAGAACAAGCUAUAGGGGAUGCGGAUGGCAUACUUAUGGAAGAACUUGUCAGCACUGCUGAUCGGCUGGUGUGCAGUCUGUCUGCAAGAGUUGCUUCCACCUUCAAGGCUGGGCUCUCGGGAUCUUCGUCUAGGGCCUGUAAAUACGUUUUGAACACUCUGAUGCAAACAUUUCAGAUCAAAAGGCUUGCCUACGAGAUCAAGGAAGAGAGUCUCCAUUCUCUUUUCACUGAAUUGCUGCUGUGGCUGCUGGAUGAUCGAGUACCUUUGCUGGAUGAUGGUAGUCAACUUCUGAAAGCGCUGAAUGUGCUUGUGCUGAAGAUUCUUGAGAAUGCCAAUCGUACAUCUGCCUUUGUGGUACUCAUUGAUCUUCUGCAGCCAAGCUCAGGGAAAGGGGAUAGAAACAUGCUGUCAUCUCACCGGUUUUCGGAUCUGGUCGUGAAGUGCCUCAUCAAGCUCACGAAGGUUCUGGGUUCAACAAUAAAUGAAGUCGACUUGGAUCGACUUCUGCAAAGCAUUCACGACUACUUUCAGCAGCUGGGACUGGAAGAGAUUCGGAAACGAGCUGGAGCUGAUGACAAGCCUCUACGAAUGGUGAAGACAGUGCUACAUGAGCUCGUGAAGCUGAGGGGAACUUCAGUCAAAGGUCAUUUGUCUAUGGUUCCAAUUGAUUCUGAACCUCAGCCCAUCAUUCUUGCUUACAUUGACCUCAACUUGCAAACUUUAGCCGCAACGAGGACGCAUAUGCUGACCCCAGCAGGAACCGGAUCCCAAGGGCACUGGCUGGAUAAUAGCGGUAAUGGACCAUCCUCGAAUUCAACGAGCUCUGCGGAGACACAGCUAAAACAAGAGCUUGCUGCAAUCUUCAAAAAGAUUGGAGACAAGCAAACUUGUACUGUAGGGUUGUAUGAGCUGUAUCGAAUAACGCAACUGUAUCCACAAGUUGACAUAUUCUCACAGCUUCAGAAUGCCAGCAUGGCCUUCCGGACCUACAUCCGAGAUGGUUUGGCCCAGAUGGAGAAGAGUGCUGCAUCUGGAAGAACACCUGCUAGUAUGUCGGUUGUCUCUCCUCCCCCCUUAUCGUCAUCAAACAUGGGUUAUCCCACGAAAGGAGCUCCAAAUCACAAUUCUUCUCAUAUGUCUAGUCAACACAACUCGUACGGAGAGGAUGCAGAAGUCGGAAGCGGUAACGGUCGUGCUGCUUCUUAUUCAGUUGAUUCUUCUGCAGUGAGGCAAGCAAUGCAUCAGAGGCAUGCGGAUACUUCUUCUUACGACUCUUCAGGCGAUUCGCACGGGGAGUCGAAUGUGCAGAGUACAGUGGUCGGGGGAACUCUGAAUGCUAUCAGAGAAAGGAUGAAGAAUAUCCAAGCAGCGGCCGCGGGGAGCACAGGAAGUGGGAAUUACAACAUUCCUUCAGUCACAUCAGCCGAACCCAUGUCUCAACAUCUUGCGCCUCAGGGUGAUGUGGAACACCGCCAAAGAGAACCAUUACCAGAUAAAGCUCUAUCCGGCUUACAGGCAAGGAUGGAAAGGCUAAAGAACGGUGUUGUAGAGCCUGCUGUAUUAGUGUGAAGAAGUACUUUUGCGAUUAGACUAGUUCAGUCUCGAACCUAUUGAGCAACUCAGACUUUAAGGAGCUUAGAAUCACUGAAGUGUUCUCACACCAGAUCAAGUAGUUGUUGGAGAAAGUGGAAAGUUGUACAGUUGAGAUUUUGUCCAUGAUUAGAGAGACAGACAUGCUUCCAUAGAUGGAGACAAUUCAUGUCUUUUAUUGCGAUUCUUGUCUGUGCGCAGACAGAGUACAAUCGUUUCUCUAGCUACAUCUAUCUGUCAAGAGAAGUCGUGGUUGAUUAGGCCUUCGAGGAGUUUGUCUGUGACUACGAAAACUAGCGAUUUUGUAAAUGACAUCAAUCGUUGAAACCCUUCAGAGUCCCCACUUAAGAGUCAAACAACAGCAAGAUGAAUUCAAGAUCCUUGGUCCCAUGUAUUUAGGUGGAGACUCCGUUCUCAACACCUGAACGGUCUCGCUCGGUCGUGUAUGAUAGUUGUUUCAUCUAGGGCACCGAACAAUGACGGGGCGUUGUUGGGGCACUGAGUUGUUGGGUGCCCCACAAACGCAGUCGUCUUCAAGGCAAUUGUGGUUUCGAGAACGAAAGUUGACUCUCUCCAUCACUUGGCGACGAACGUCGCGAGGUGAUAUGUAGAGCCGCCAAAUUAUCCAAGCAGAGGUCACACGUUUGAAUGUAAAUUGGUAGCGUUGAGUACUUGAUCCAGCGGCGUGUGCUGUGACCGAGCCGUUCGCCUCAGUGUUGCUGAACAGUACUACCGAACAUUGGACCGAAAGGUUAGCACGGGAUUUUAGUCGUGAGCACUGUCUUCUGUGUCUCCUCGAGAUUUAAUAGCAGAAGGUCUGUCAUAUUGUUAGACGUGUAUUUUCAUUCACGUAAUUGAUUCUCUUGAGAUUCGAGAAAAUAUACUUGUUUUGCCCUUUCUGUCCG